AUGGCGGGCCACUACAUGCACUACUCCGACCCCGGCGACCUCUACCAGACCCUUAAGUACAACGCCGAUGCACUCAAGCUGAUCCAGUGGGUAUCACCCUCUCCGAUGCCGGUGGGAACCUCCCAGACCGCCGCUUCAUAUGGGAGUUCAAUUUUAGCAACUUCGACAAAUCGAGCGACGACCACAAGCCAAAUUCCAUUGACCUCCUCCGCAACCAGGGCGUCGAUUUCGAGCACCUGCAAGUUCAGUGUGGCUGCCACCAGGUUUAUUGAGCUCAUGGUUUCGUCUGGCCUCGCCUGCAACAAUGAGGUCACCUAUAUUACCUUUAACAGUGGCUACGACUUUGGGCACCUUAUCAAACCAUCACGUGGAAGGCUCUCCCUGGAAGCCUCAAGGGGCUGCAUAGGGGAUCUGAUCAGGCGGCAAAGUCUCUCACGACCUCUGUUCGCUCCUCAUCCGAAUACCUCUCGAUGCCGGCUUCCCGAGUCCACUGGACCAAAAUUCCUCACCAAUCAGCUCUUUUUCCUCCUCCAUGGCUGGAACCCUUUCAACCCAUUCCCAGGCUCGAGCCCAAUCCCAACUCGAAUAGGGUGCAAGAAGAUGUUCACAUGCGAUACUUACCGUGGCAGUCUGGAUGGGCUUGUCUCCGAACACUGCCCAUGUCCCGUAUUGACGGUAGGUUUAGCAGUAGAUGACACCCUCGACCACCAUAUUGAUGGCUUUCUUUGCCGCAGGUUUUAG